AUGGAUUCUGAUUUGUACGACGAGUUCGGAAACUACAUAGGUCCUGAAAUAGGUUCUGAUGAUGAUGAGAAUGAAGAUGAUGUUCCACUUGCUGGAGACGGUGAUGAGGACGCCGAGGAAGGAGAUGACCAGGAGGAAAUGGAAGAUGAUGCUGAAGAAAUUCCCCAGAACCAGAUAGUUCUUCAUGAGGAUAAAAAGUAUUACGCAACGGCUGUUGAGGUGUAUGGUGAUACUGUGGAGACCAUUGUUCAAGAAGAAGAUGCACAGCCCCUCACCGAGCCUAUCAUCAAGCCUGUUAUCCAGAGGAAAUUCCAGUCCGUGGAACACAAUUUGCCUGAGACUGUGUACAACAAAGAGUAUCUGGCAGAUCUCAUGGAUUGUCCUCACAUCAUGAGAAACGUAGCCAUCGCAGGGCAUCUUCACCAUGGAAAAACAACUUUUUUGGACUGUCUUAUGGAGCAAACCCAUCCGGAGUUCUUCCGCGCAGAAGAUGCCGAUACGAGGUACACAGACACCCUCUUUAUUGAACAACAGCGUGGUUGUUCUAUCAAAGCAAUGCCAGUUACCAUCGUGAUGCAAGACACUCGUCAUAAGAGCUAUCUGUUGAAUAUUAUCGAUACUCCAGGUCACGUGAACUUCUCCGAUGAAGUGACCGCUGCUUAUCGACUUUGUGAUGGAGUAGUGAUUGUUGUGGAUGCUCAUGAAGGGGUAAUGAUGAAUACGGAACGAGUUAUUCGUCACGCUGUGCAAGAACGCUUGCCCAUUACGUUGUGUGUUAAUAAAAUUGACCGCCUUAUUCUUGAGCUAAAAAUGCCUCCGGCUGACGCUUACUACAAGCUUCGUUUGGUCAUCGAUCAAGUCAACGCUUUGCUACAGACGUUCUCAGAAGAAGAUAACACUGUCCUGUCACCUUUGCUAGAAAACGUCAUUUUCGCUUCUGGUCGAUUCAACGUUUGCUUCUCGCUCCUUUCCUUUGCUAAUAUCUAUGCUGAGCGUUAUGGAAAUAUUAAUGCAACCGAGUUUGCACGUCGUCUCUGGGGCGACAUCUAUUUCAACAAAAACACCAGAAAGUUUUCGAAGAAGCCACCAACGGCUAACACUCAAAGAACUUUUGUUGAAUUUAUUUUGGAACCUCUGUAUAAGAUCUUCAGCCAGGUUGUGGGAGAUGUGGACACAUGUUUACCACAUAUGAUGUCUGAGUUGAACAUUAAACUCACGAGAGAAGAACAGAAAAUGAACGUGCGACCUCUUAUUGCACUCAUUUGCAAACGGUUCUUCGGCGACUUCAAAUCAUUUGUGGAUCUGAUCGUGAAAAAUAUAAAAUCUCCAAUUGAAAAUGCUAAGAAUAAGGUGGAGCAUAUCUGGCUUGGCCCAGCAGACAGCAAGCUCGCAGCCGAAAUGUCAAAAUGUGACGCAAGUGGCCCGCUGAUGGUGCAUACAACCAAGAACUACCCAACAGCGGAUGCUACAUCAUUCCGAGUUCUUGGACGAGUUAUGAGCGGAACAAUCGAAAGUAAUGCAGAUGUGCGCGUACUUGGAGAAAACUACAGUAUUCAGGAUGAAGAAGAUUGUCGCCGCUUGACGGUUGGUCGACUUUGGGUCCAUGUGGCGAGGUAUCAGAUCGAAGUCUCCCGCGUUCCAGCUGGUUGUUGGGCGCUCAUUGAAGGAAUUGACCAGCCCAUUGUCAAAACUUCGACAAUUGCUGAGUUGGAAUAUGAAGAAGAUAUGUACAUUUUCCGUCCUCUCAAGUUCAACACCAAGAGUGUAGUGAAGAUGGCUAUUGAGCCAAUUAAUCCUUCCGAACUCCCUAAAAUGUUGGAUGGAUUGAGGAAGGUUAACAAGUCAUAUCCGCUGCUGACAACGCGUGUCGAAGAAUCUGGAGAACAUGUCUUGCUCGGUACAGGUGAACUGUACAUGGACAGCGUUAUGCAUGACAUGAGAAAGGUGUUCUCUGAAAUUGACAUCAAAGUCGCCGAUCCUGUGGUUACGUUCUGUGAAACAGUUGUGGAAACAUCCUCGCUAAAGUGUUUUGCUGAGACACCGAACAAAAAAAACAAAAUUACAAUGAUUUCUGAGCCUCUCGAAAAGGGUCUGGCUGAAGAUAUUGAGAACGAGGUUGUUCAAAUUGGGUGGAAUCGUCGUAGAAUAGGAGAGUUUUUCCAAACGAAAUAUGAUUGGGAUUUACUAGCAGCUCGUUCUAUAUGGGCGUUCGGUCCAGAUAUAGCGGGUCCCAACGUUCUUCUUGAUGAUACUCUUCCUUCUGAGGUUGACAAGCAACUUUUGGGUACUGUUCGAGAAUCACUUGUUCAAGGCUUCCAGUGGGCUACGCGUGAAGGGCCACUCUGUGAAGAGCCUAUUCGAAAUGUGAAAUUUAAAAUGUUGGAUGCUGUUAUUGCAAAAGAACCACUGUACAGAGGUGGUGGUCAAGUGAUUCCUACAGCGCGUCGAUGCGCCUACUCUGCAUUCUUGAUGGCCACUCCUCGUCUUAUGGAACCAUAUUUCGUCGUUGAAGUUAUUGCGCCAGCAGAUUGCGUUUCAUCAGUUUAUACAGUAUUAGCGAAACGGAGAGGACACGUAACGACUGAUGCACCGAUUCCUGGAUCUCCCAUGUACUCGAUUAAGGCGUUCAUUCCUGUAAUGGAUUCCUUUGGCUUUGAAACCGAUUUACGUACACAUACGCAAGGACAGGCGUUUUGUAUGUCCGUUUUCAACCACUGGCAGAUUGUACCCGGAGAUCCACUGGAUAAAUCUAUCGUUAUACGACCUUUAGAGUUGCAACCGACUCCUCAUCUUGCCAGAGAGUUCAUGAUCAAAACCAGACGACGAAAAGGUCUGUCCGAAGAUGUGUCGGUUAACAAAUUCUUCGACGAUCCUAUGCUUUUGGAGUUGGCGAAGCAACAGGAUGUAUUCAGUUAUUCAGGGUUCUAA